UAAGAUUUCGGAAUUGUGACGCUCCCGCUCAACCUGGCUCUACUAACCGUUAAAAGAAUUAUUUUGUUCGCAAUUUGUUGCAAGAGGACGCUCGUGCUAGUGCUACGCCUGCCUCUUAGAGAGCAAAUGCAAAAUGACUGUGGGAGCUAAGCGGAGAAAACAGUAAUGACGUCAUGCUGUGCCGGAACAGCCUUGGGCCGCCGCUAUCCCAGCAGUCUCUGCGCCAGCCGCAGCACAACGACAGAAAUAAGGAAAGAAAACAACACGCUGGCUUUUAAACAGAAUUACACUGGCAAGUAGCAAACAUCAACAAUACAGACAGGAAAAGAAAAGGUAAAGUUUUAAAAUCUGAUUUCUCACCCAAAUAUAGAGUGACAGCUGGCUGGUAAGCUCCUUUGUAUUAGAAAGAAACCCUACUAGACAGUAGGCGAUCAAAACAAUAAACAGCUGCACUGAGAAUUAUGAAUUAUUAUCUGACUUAUCUUUACAAGAUGAAUAUUAAGUAAAGGCUCCAGUGCCCCCGUGUUAGCAGCAAAUUAAACUAGCAGAGUCAUGUUGGUUAUCUCGGUUUUACUAUGAAAUGCGACUGACAUAAUGUACAAUUUAGACAUGUUCUGAAGAAGCAAUUUUCCACACUACUAAUGGAUAAUUGUUUAUAUUUAUUUUAACUGUCUAAAUGAAUAGGCCUAUUGAUUCUAGUUUUCGGUGUUUAUUUUAUCGUAAUGAGCGAUGUUAUUUCUAAGUAGCUGUGCUGCUUACCUUGCUAGAUAUUUCUCGACACUGCUUGCAGUCUGAUCGGGCUAUAUAUAUCUGCCAGUCUGUCCGCUGUCAAUAGUAUUCGCGAAACUAGCAGGUACACUCUAAUCUGUUUUGCCUGAUUUUCAACUGCCAUCGGGAUGAAACGAAGUGACUCAUUUUUAUAAAGAUUUUACUAAGUAACUCAUUUUUAUAAAGAUUUUAUAAAGCGUGGGGAAGUCUUAUACCUGAUAAAUCAGCUAUUCUAGCUAGAAAGUAAGUGAAAUUAUGUAUGAAAUAUGAUGGGUCUGUCCAGGUUUGACAGCAUCGCCACCAGCUCGCGAGACCAGCGUCCCUUUAAAGGAGACCCACGCGACUACCCACGUGACGCUUCAGCUUUCAAGCUGCUCUUAAUGGAAAUAGUCAGUUUUCGGUCCAUCGAUUCUUUUGGAGAUUCGUUCAAUAAACAGUUUUUAAAGAGUUUCGUUCAGAAUCAGACAAGGACCCCUUGGGUAUUUUAUUUAAAAGAGGGUGGUCCCUUCUACAGUUAAUAUAAUAAAGUAAAAGCAUUUAAAAAUUCAGACUGAAUUAUAUAUAUAUAUAUUUCCACACACAAACACAGUAUAUAUUUCUACAUAUAUUUCUUAUAAUGUUUUAAACAAUAUUUAGUAAAUUAGAUUAUAAAUUUGCCUAAUUAUGAGUGGCCAGCAUGGUGGUGCAGUGGUUAGCACUGUUGCCUCACAUCUCUGGGACCACAGUUCAAGUCUGUAUGUCUGCCAUGGCCCUGUGUAUGUUCUCCUUGUGUUAUCAUGGGAUUUCUGCUGGGUACUCACCCCCCAGUCCAAAAACAUGCUGUCAUUAAUUGCAGCCAUAAUUGUGAGCAUGUACACACCCUGCAAGAUGCUGGUCCCCCCCCCCCUUCCUGGGUUGUGCCCAUAGGCUCCAGGCACCCUGGUGACCCUGAACAGUUACAGAAAAUGGAUGGUUGUAUUUGCUCCAUUAUAUACUACACCAGUAUGUGGCAAGAUAGGGGCUUGAGAAACUCUCAGUGGAUGAGGUGAAUGACGCAGUGUAGUCAGGGCCGGCCCUGAGUGUUCAGUGGAUGAGGUGAAUGACGCAGUGUAGUCAGGGCCGGCCCUGAGUGUUCAGUGGAUGAGGUGAAUGACGCAGAGUAGUCAGCACCUGAGGGGAGAUUCUGCUGAGCAUUUCUGAAAGUUGUAACUCAGGGCAGUCAGUCGGUGUCUGGCACAUGCCCAGGGAUAUUUUAUAAACAGAAAAAUCUAUGGAUUGUCAGUACUAUGGUGUUACUAUUUGUGCGAAUUAUGCACAAAAUGAGAGAUUCCCCUUUUCUGAAGGUCAGUCACCACAGCAGCCUGUAGAACAGAAAGUGCAUGAGGACACAGGCAAAACAGACAGUACAAAAAAGCUGACAUUGAUACUUAAUAAACAGAUGCGGAGAUGGAUGAGUUGGACUGCUGGUUAUUGUGUGUAUGGUUUGACCUGACCUGGUCAUUGAUUACGUAGGUACUGACUCGCAGUAAUGUCCAGUUACGGUCUGCAGGAUGGAGUGAGGGGCCAUUGGCAGGAGGCAUCAUACAGUCUUAUGGCCCCAGUAGUGCUUCUGGUCACUGUGUGGUGGGGUGACAGUGGAGAAGGGCGCUUAUGGAUAUAGCACGGUCUUUCCCAAACCAGUCCCUGGGGCACACUGGACAGAUCCACAUUUUUGUUUUAUCCCAGUUCCCAGAACGCCUGACCCAAGCAAUCAGGAGCUCUAAAUGCCUUACAGGUGUUAUGGGAACUGGGAUAUAAAAAAAAAAAAAAAACAUGUGUAUCUGUCCAGUGUGCCCAGAGGACUGGUUUGGGCAACGCUGAUGUAGCAUCAUAAAGCUGACGGGAGACUUUGCUCAUGAUGACCGAAACCAUUAACAUCAUCUUUACCCUGCAGAGUAUCCAGAGCCAGCCCCCCUUUCCAACUGGUUUACUUGCCUUGGGUCCCCUUUCAUGACGCUGCUCCCCCAGCAGGACACAGUGUAGUAAUUAUCUUGGCUAGCUGUCAGCUGGCAGGACAUGGGCAGUAGGCUCCCAUAUAUCAGAAGAAUAGCCUGCCCUGGCCUUGCUUGUGCAGGACGCCUGUGCUGUAAAUCCUGCCCAAUCUGCUGCACCCAUGGGUAACUGUAUGGUGGCACCACCCACAGAUGGUGCCUGGCCUUACAAACUCUCUGGCAUAAGAGAACCCCACCCCCUGCUCUGUCGUCUUACGGAUGCCAAGUUCUCCUUUAUCUCCAUUAUCAACACGCUCGAUGAUGGAGGAAUCAGCAGCGUUUCGCAGCUUGUGGUUGUUUCUUUGUCUUUUCGCGUGUAGGGUGAAUCAGUACGAGACAGAAAAAGUCCCAAAGUCAAUGAAAACGUGGUUUUGUGGCGCUUUAAGGCAUCACAUACAGCCUGGUACUUCAUCUAAGGAGAAAGUGUCUCUUUCUCCCUUGUGGCCAACUUUGGAAUGAACUAGAAUUGUAUAGUCAGUCCUCUGGCAUGAGCCGAAGGCUGUGGACAUGUUCCAGAAGAGGGUAGAAGAGCAGAGCUAUUCCAAUCACGGUCCUCAAGGUCUGAGUCCUGCUGAUUUCCCAGCCUUCCUUUACCCGUGAACCAGGUGUGAAGCCUCUGACCAAUCAGAACCAAUAAUCAUUAAACUAACUACCUGGGAGAACUGAAAACGAGGCCUGGAUUCGGAAUAGAGCUCCAGAUUUGAAGAGCUCUGGUAUAGAUUCUGAAGGGUGCCGUGCUGUGUAAGUGCCCUAAGAAUGGCACAGCACAACUCUAAUGGAAAAACCCCCACACCCACCAUGACAUAAGCACAAUAAAAGUCUCCCUGACAUUGAGUGUGCUGCAGCUGUAUUCUCAUAAUAAAAUGCCGAGAAUAACUUUGACAUCAGGGGAAAAAACAACUCAUUUUUAACUGUAUCUGUCUGUCCUUUCCAGUUUCUUCAGAUAAGUGUUAGAAAACUUACAUCUGCCAUCUCUUUCCUUAGUAUGCGGGAGCGCUAAGGGGCUAGAGGAGCCGGCCCACCACAGUGGCAGAGCGCGGAGGGGGGGGGCAGCCACACGGGCCGUGCCAAUGCGCCGGCGGCCUGAGCAGGCGGAGGGCAGCCUCCCGGUUUUCGUCUUCCCCACAGAGCUGUUCUUCUACGCCGACGAGCAGGCGACACACAAGCGCGUGCUCACCCUCUACAACCCCUACGAGUUCGCGCUGAAGUUCAAAGUGCUGUGCACGGCGCCUAACAGGUAUGCGGUGGUGGACGCCAGCGGCGCGGUGAAGCCACAGAGCUGCGUGGACAUCGUGAUCCGGCACAGGGACGUGCGAGCCUGUCACUAUGGUGUCGUCGACAAGUUCCGGCUCCAGGUGACCGAGGAGAGCCAGCGCAAGGCCCUGGGCCAGAAGGAGGUGAUAGCCACCCUGCUCCCCUCUGCGGCUCUGGAGGGCUCCUCACCCAGGCCCCAGGAGGAGGAAUACAGAACGAGGGAACAGCUGAUGAGCGGCGCACUCUUUGAGCAGGGCACACUGCCGCCAGAGAAGCGCGUGGUGGGUGGAGGCCCCGGGGUGCUGACGGUGCUGCUGGGGCUGCUCUGCAUGGCCGUCCUGGUGCUGCCCACCGUGGGAGAGCAGGGCUCCUCUGUGCCCGUCUGCCUCCAUUUAAGCGUCAACAAGAAGCUGGUGGCUGCUUACGUUCUAGGUCUUCUGACGAUGGUCAUCCUCCGGACGUGACACCCCGGCGGCGUCUCCCUGGAGACGAUGGACGGUCACCAGCUCAUGGACAUUUCGGGGUGAAAUGUGUCUCUGACUUUUGGGAGGUGGGGGAGGUUGCGAAGGAGGACGUUGUAGUCCUCGGGGCGAACGGCCAAAUGCAGCGACGGCGAACGGACAAUUGCUGCUCGACACGGGACAAGAUGGGGGUGACCCUGUGGAUGGGGGAUGGGGGGGCGGGCGUAGGGGAAAUGUAAAGGGAAAAACGGUUAUUAAACGAUAUUGCGUCAGGUUCUUCUGCAUCGGCUGUGUUCCUGCAUCUGCCCCCUUCCGGUCCUCAUGUGUGAUGGAGCGACGUGACAGUGAUUUGGGGACAUGCGGCCGGUCACGGCCGGUGCCAACACACACCACCUCACCACCUGCUCACUGAAUGAGCUGCUUUAAGAAGGACUCGAUUUGCCGAAUCCAUGCAUCUUCCGAACUUUUGGAGCAUCGUUAAGAAUACAGUGAUGAUGCAAUCACGAAAAAAAAUUGCUUACAAAUAAUUCAAUGCAAACUUUAUUAAUAAAAGCCUCUGUUACAUCC